ACUCGCUCGCGGGUAAGAUCAGAGGAGGAGCAUAACAGGGAUAUUUAUCCAGCCAGUGGUGUGUUAUACACGUCCAUCGUCCGUACCAUCGUCCGUAUUAUACCACAGUCCCUUUGCCACCGAUCCCCCACAUUGGAGACUUAUGUUUAGCAGCUUUCGGUAUUGGCGGAACGGAAAGGAUUUUAAGGAGAGCUUGCUUAUGUAUGUUUACAGACGUGGAGUAUGUGGUGAAUCUGGAAUUAUCUCUUUGAGUCUUGAUUGGUCAUAUGCUGUUUGGGUCCUAGUUGAUGUAUUUAAGAGCUACAUGUAUGAUGACUUAGACAAGAUUUCAUUUACUUGUGACCAUUGGUAGGUAGAGAAGUAAAGACUGACUUGCAGAGAAAGACUGCAGAGAAGGAAGCUUUUCUUUGGAAUGACUUUAAAAAUGUCUAGAUGACAGAAUUUGAUCUUUAGAGAAUCUGGUAGAAUCCUUUUAUUAGGACAAAGUUGUUCAAUUUUUUUCAUUGGAAGAUUGUGUGUGAGAGGACAGGACUCACCAUGAAGCCAUCAAUAGCAAUUUGGAAAUCAAAACUGUUACUUUUAAUAAUCUUUGCUGUGUCAUGGCACACUGCAAUGUCACUCCGUUUUCUGGGCACUGAGAACACAUACGCACGAUAUGAGGAGUGGAACAGGACAGUCAACGGAACUCUCAAAUUUGAAUUCAAGACAGAAAGGAGAGAUGCAUUACUACUGUACACGGACGAUGGUGGCACUGGGUCAAAGUUCUUCUUGGAGCUUGUACUGGAUAAUGCACAGUUGCAAUUACGCUUCCGAAUCAGGAACAAAGCAAGGACAAUAAUCAUUGGCGAAAACCUGGAUCAAAACACAUGGCAUAAAGUCACACUAAUGAAAAGCCCAGAAGAGUGUGUUAUUAUCUUGGAUGGUGUAAGAAAAGCAGGAGCUAUUCCUGAUGGUCAGACAUCGCUGACCGGGAGCUCGGAUUUGUUUAUUGGUGGUGUCCCUCGUACUUUGCCUGUUACGGAUAUCUCUGAACCGGAGGUAAAAUUUCUGAAUCGCUUUGAAGGCCACGUUCGGAACUUAGUUUACCUGGUGAGCGAGAGACCCAAAAGGUGGUAUCGUCCUGAAUCGAUGGCAGCGAUCGGCCUUGAGGAAGAUCCUUCAGAUCUUUGUGGCAGUGAUGACUUCUGCAGGAACCAAGGUUUAUGUGUCAGUUCUGAUGCAGAUGCAGAGUGUGAUUGCUCAGGGACAGGCUACACUGGUCUUACUUGUGAAACACCACUCAUACCCCAAACACAAUCUGAAGAAGCGCCUGAUGAGAAAGAAGGUAAGUGUUAAGUGUCUGGUGAAUCCAAAUAUGAGUAUUAGUCUCUUGUUGUUAAACUAGAUGUUGAAUGAUUUUUAAUCAAAGCUCCUUAGACAUGUUAUGUGCUUUUUAUUUGUUUUUGUUUUAAUUUCCAUUGUUUUAUGAAGGGGCAGUAAAGAGAAGGCGUCACAAUGGGAAUGUCACACAGUGUUUGGUUUAUAAAGGAUCAAAAGAUGUCUUAGAAAGCUGCUAUACAGGUGAUACUCUUGAAUGCAGCUAGCCGCAUUGUGUUGCCGAGAAAGAGUUUAUGUGCUUUUGCAAAAGGUUCACAACUUGCAUUAUCACAAUGUAGCAACGGAAGCUUGUUCGUAUAGAUGCACUUUUGCAAGAGUUCAUAUUCACAAGUAAAGCAAGCUCAUGACACCUUUUCACUUUACGUAAUU